AGUAAAAAGAAAAGCCAGCGAAUGGAAAAGAAAAGUGUGCGAAAUAAAAAGCAGGUAGCAAAAGCCCAGCGCUUCUCAUCCUCCAACUCUAAUCCCUCGAUUCCUCCAAUCCUCUCAGGCCGUCCUUGAUCGCCGCCUCACCGACUUCAAGAUCGAUUCCAGGUCACCGGUGAUGGUUAGGGGCUCCAAGAGCGUUUGCCGAUCGGCUUCUCACCAGUUGUUCAAGGACAAGGCCAAGAACCGGGUUGAUGAUCUCCAGGGUAUGUUCACCGAUCUCCAGCUCGCUCGCAAGGAAAGUCGCACAGGUGACGUCGUCGUUCUGGAGGAGCAGGUUCACCAGAUGCUCCGGGAGUGGAAGGCUGAGCUUACCGAUGACUCGCCGGCUUCUUCUCUUCUUGGGAAUGCGCAGGUGUCUUCGGAUCUUUCGUCAGAGAUACGCAGGCUUUUGCAACUCUGUGAGGAGGAAGAUGAUGCUACCAGUAAGUUGGCCGAGUUGCCGCCUGUGAACCCUAAGCCUGAACCAUUGGAUGUGCCUGAGCCAGAUGUUCAGAGCCUUCAGGAUGAAAGGAUUGCUCCUACCUUUCAGCAGGACUAUUAUGUCGCUCAGGGGAUACCAGAACAUGGAUUGUUGGGGGUUGAUCAGUAUAAAUGUGCGAUGCCAACAGGAUUGCACCAUGGUGCCAUGUUAGAAGAGGCAACCCAUUUGGACUAUCAACAAUUUCAUCUGCAUCAAGAAUCAUCCCACAAUUACCUCAUUGGUUUUGAUACUAGUGGACAAUCUGGAAGGGAAGCUUCCCAUAUUACAGAAGUCAUCCAGGCAAUAUGCCCUCCCCCUUCUGCUUUUGUAAAUCCAAAAUGUGCAUUAUGGGACUGUCAAAGACCUGCUCUGGGAUCAGAAUGGUGUCAUGACUACUGCAGCAACUUCCAUGCUACUUUAGCAUUAAAUGAAGGACCUCCUGGUAGGACUCCGGUGUUGCGUCCUGGAGGUAUUGACCUGAAGGAUGGCCCACUUUUUGCUGCUCUUUGUGCAAAAACACAUGGCAAGAAUGUUGGUAUACCGGAAUGUGAAGGAGCCGCAACUGCCAAAUCUCCAUGGAAUGCUCGUGAGCUCUUUGACCUAUCAAUUUUGGAGGGUGAAUCACUUAGAGAAUGGCUUUUCUUUGAUAAGCCUCGAAGGGCAUUUGAGAGCGGGAAUCGGAAGCAAAGGUCUUUGCCUGAUUAUAAUGGUCGCGGAUGGCAUGAAUCUCGAAAACAGGUGAUGAAGGAUUAUGGAGGACUGAAAAGAUCUUAUUACAUGGAUCCUCAACCACAUAGCCAUAUUGAGUGGCACCUCUAUGAAUAUGAGAUCAACAAUUAUGAUUCUUACGCCCUGUACCGACUAGAACUAAAACUUGUUGAUCCAAACAAGGGCACCAAAGGUAAAGUAGUUAAUGACUCUCUUGCUGAUCUUCAACAGCAGAUGGGCAGACUCAAUGCAGAGAACCCGAUGGAUAAUAAACGUUCUGUAAAGGGUAGGACCAAAGUUAAUCAGAAGGCCUCUGUGGAAAAUGUUUAUACUGCUCCAGACAUAACUAAUGAGGACAAUGCUCGGAAUGUUUAUCCUGCGGACCAGAUGGCUACUAUGAAUGGAAAUGUAUGCUAUGGACCACAAAUGCCCUAUGAUUUUAAUGUUGAUAGCUUAAAUGACUUCUAUAGGAUGUGACAGAGUGCAUAACUGCAGGACAGCAGGAGUAGAGUGGGUACUAAUUUUGUUGGCUUAGAAAGACGACCAAUGACUGCAACUUUGAUAUGCAUUUAGUGGUCUUUUUGUCAUCUCAAAAGUCUUCGGUUUAAUUGUGAUCCUUAUUGAUGCCAUGGAAACACAAUGUGGCAGUGAUUUUAUUAAAUAUGCCAUCUAAUGGUUUUGGGGGUAACCAUUCAGUUAUCUUAUGUGUUUGGAUGAUCAAUAGGUUGUCAAUGGACCUGUGUGCUUUGGCUUUGUAUAUAGUAUCAACUUCUUAUUGAAGUAUGAAGCAUCUUGUUUACCUAAAACUGAUGCUAUUGACAUUUAUAGUGAAUAUAUAUUGUUGGAAUGGUGCUGUUCAUUUUGGUGGGUAA